GUCUCUCUCGUCAAUGAACCGUCAUGGCCUCAACCGUUUCUUAUCAUUGGCGGCCCCGCAGUGUAGUGUGUGUGCACGCCCGUGUGUGUGUCUGCGUGUGCGUGUGACAAAAUAUUUUGUGCGAGCGGAGAGAAAAAUAAAAACGACGGUAAUAAUAAUAAUAUAAUAACGAAAAUAAUACGGUCACCGCCAAAUUGACAGAGACACGUCGCACGCCGCCACCGCAGUGGUCGUCUAUCAUUUUACAUAGACCGUACUAACUACCUAUCUAUUGGUUUUCGUAGCCCAAACCUUUUUUUCUCCACUCUUCCCGUCUUGCGAGAAAUUUGCGCCGCACGAAAUAUUAUGUCGUUUGCCCACCGGUCUACCAGCCCUCAUCAUCGACUUUAAACCCUCUCGUCGCCGCCUGUUUGAGGUUUUUUCCCUCGCCACCAGGACCCGCCACCACCAAUCCCGGAAUGACCGCAUAGCAGUUGAAGCAGCUUAUGUAGAUCUUCUGAAGAGUUAUGUUAAACAGCUUGAGAGAUGGUCAAAUAAAUUAUGGAACUACAAAUUGCCCAUCUGCCCAUGUUACGCCUCAUAAUGUCGCCUCAAUACACCAAAAUUCUCUUAUAUCGACCGAACCCUCUACACCAGUUUAUCAGUGGAAUGCAAACCACCGGCUUGAACAUUUGUACGGCUUUCAUUCCAGAUAUUAUAAUCUUGACUUUCCUACUCCAUACCCGUCAGCUACUAAUCAAUAUGUACCUACAAAUGUGUACGGACAGAAUUUGCCGCAAUGCUGUCAACCGUGUUGUCGGCUCAGGUCUCAAAACAUACCAAAAGCAUCCCCACCACAAAUGUUAUAUAACCCAAGACCAGUGCAACAAUUAAAUCGAUCUUAUAAAUCAAAAAAGACUUUGAAAACUCCGUGCUCCGAACAGUUCCUACCAUACAUUCCAAAUGAUUUACCAGUUAAAUAUGAUACACAAAAUUGUUAUCAACAAAAAUAUAGUAGUUCAUAUUUAAACAAUACAAAUUAUUGUCCUCCAGCUAAUAACUUGUGGAUUCCACCUGCAGCCAAUCCUAAUUGGUCUAACGACAGAUUACGACCUACUGGCCGUCAUACCAGGCCGGUGUCGCACGAUUUUAGUAGGGAAAAAAAUUAUCAAAGAUUACCAAACUAUCAAGGUAACCCUUAUUCAAAACCUACAAGUGCUGCAAAUCAUAUACCUUAUAAUUACAUUCCACCUUUACCUGAUGUACAUGACUAUCGACCUCCAGUCUAUCAUAAUCCGUCAAAAAAUAAUACGACUGAGUAUGUAUCACACGAUCACAGUUCUAGAUUUCCUAUUUUAUCUCAAAACAUUCAAAAUCCGUCUUCAUUACAACAGUACUAUAACACUCAACCAGUGCCUUAUUCAGAUGUACAAAUGCCUAGUGAAUCAUUUAAACCCCCUCAAAUUACGCCAAAAGAUACCUCAAAGAGUAAUUUAAACGUACGUGAGUUUUUGGCUACUUGGGAUGAAGGAGAAGAAGAAAUCGGUGAAAAAUCUUCUGAAACAGCUGAGCCUAUAGUGGUACUCGAUUGUAUGACACUUGAUGGAGAUGCAUUGACUAAAAUUCAAGAAAAACUAAAUGUAGUGUCCUACGAAAAUUUAGAAAAAGUACUUAAAGAAAAUCAAAAUCCAUUAGUUAUUACCGCUGAAACAAAUGCAAUUAAUUCUUUAAACAAUAAACCCAAACUACCGUCGAAAUCUAAUUUCGAACCCCUAGAUUACACUAAACGGGAAACUGGAAUCAUUAAACCAUUCAUUACUGAGAAAAAAAUAUCACCUGAGCUAAAUUCUCAGUCUGAAAAAAAUUAUAGCGUUAAUUUUGAUGGAAUGGUUGCUUGGUAUGGUAAAAAAAAUACAGACAUUUCAUCUACAGAUCUCAUUGAAAGAUUAGCUGACAGAAUUUUUAACUUGAGUAAAUCGCAAGAAAACGAAGGCGUAUCGUUUGGAACAGCAGCUUAUACAGGGCAAAUAACUCAAACAAAUCGGUCAAUUGAAAGUUCUGACAAAAGUACGUCAAAAUAUAUUCAAAGUCCACAAAUGUUUGACUUACAACAUCACGUUGAUAAAUUUAUUGAACCUCCUAUCAUGAAUAAACUCAAUUGUAAUAAGGAUUCUAUUCCCAAAGUUCAUUCUUAUGUCUUCAACGAAAGUAACAAAGCAUCAACUAUAAAAUCAAAAAACGUGAACUCCUCGUGCAUUGUGGAAAAUAUAACAAAAAAAUGUUUAAAUGUUACCAAUGAAGAAACUUCACCUUGGCAUUUAGACCAAGGUGUCCACGAACAGCAUUUGAAUACAUCUUUGUACGACCAAAGUGUUAUUAUGAAACCUCUCGACUUUUCUUCUCUUACCGAUGAAACUAAAGGCAACCCUUUCGUGUUCGAAAAAAUUACGUCAAGUGACAAUAAACCAAAUGACAGCAUCAAUAACCAGUGUAAUAAAGUAUUUAAUCAAAACAAUAGUUAUAACUCUAUAGUUUCUAACAACCAACAUUCAAUUCAACAAAUAGAUGCGUGUAAUAGAAAUUUUCCAGUUAUAGUAUCACCACAUCGACAAGAAUACAACGGAUUUCAUGAAAGUGUCAUACAGAGGACUGGUUGUGAUAAAAAUAAACACGAUAAAGUAUCAACACAAACUGAUUUUGAAAGCAUUAAUUGGAACUUAUCCAACGAUCUCGAUAAAAUUAUGAAAAACACGAACAUGAUUAUGGAACCUUCUUGUUUAUAUGACAGAAGUAAUUAUAAUAUUUUAGAUGGUAUGAAUUCAGAGAAAAAUAUUUCUACUCGCUGGAAGGAUAAUGUACCAUGUGUGGACUUGACAGUAAACAAUAAAUCUAAUUCUCAUCAUGAUUCAUUUUUUGAUGGCUGGAGCUUUAUUGAAAGCUAUGAAAAUCAUUCCGGUAAAAAAAUAAUGAAUACGCCAUCUAUUGAUAAUUCCCACCACCAGCUAUUUCCGAACCAGAUGACUCCUCUGGAAGAAUCGACAAAAAAUAAUAAUAAUUUAAGUGAAAAUCAUCGUACUAAUGAUACAUUGGUAGUCAAAGAUAUGCCUCCAUUUUCAAAAUCCAAUGAUUUAUUACCUUCUAAUCGACCAUCUCGAGAUGUUUUUAAUUUGAAUAAUCGAAUACCUGAUUUCAGUGAUGGGUUUGAAUUGCCAGUUAUAAAUGAACCGCAAGAGUAUUUGCAAUUUAAAAAGGAUGACAACGAACACCGGGCUGAUGGUUCAAUUUUUGAACAUCUAAAUGAACCUAAGUGUAUAACAACAUUAAAUGAAACAUUAAAUUAUAAGAAUGAUCAGAAUAAACUGGAUUUUGUUGGUCUACCAAGUUUUAAAGAAAAAGAACCUUUAGCGCCUGUUUCAGCGCCCUCCAAACUUAAUAUUGUUAAACCUACUCUACGUGAUCCAAGUCAAAUAUAUACAGUCAUAAAACAGAAGCUAAAAUACGAUAAUACAUGCGUAGACAAUGAUAGUGUUGUAACAAAUACAACUGAAAACAAUUUGAAAGAAAAUCUUACGAACACAUUCAACGUAACAGACUUAAAAUCUAAGUACAAUAGUGGUCAAUUAAAUCAAUUUGAUGUUUGGUCUGAAAAGUUUGUACUAAAAGGAAACUCAAAUAGUUCGUCUUGUGCAGUUGUUCAAUGUGAUGUAGAAAUUACACAAUUUAAGAGUACUCCCGAAAAUCGCAAUACAUUACCCAAGUCAAAUAUGAGUGAAAAUUAUCAGGAUAAAACCAUGAUGUUGCCAGAAAAUACAAAUUGUAAUUUAGCUGAUGGUAAAAUUAAUAUUAUCGAGAAUGAUAAAAUUAACUCUAACGAUUUUCUUAAUUGUUUAGAAAGUACGAAAACAGAUGACCAGAAAUAUCGAGAUACUUUUGAUGAAUUUGAAACGUCGUUUGGGUUUGAUAUACAUUGUAAUAACGAAUCUAAUAAAUCGUUCCAUGAAGAUAUUGUUGAUAAAUGUUUUGAAGAAAGGAUUAAUGAUCAUGAGAUAAAUAAAGUUGAAUCAAUUAACAGCUCCGACACUAAUACAACAUUAUCAAACAGUACUCAGUUGCCUUUCCAGUGUGAUUUUCAAUCAAGUUUUUUAAUUAAAAACUAUUUUGAUGAAAACAAAAAUAAAACAGUUGUCUUGGAUCAACAAGAAACUAGUAACCAUGAAAAAUCAGAUACAACAAUUUUUAAAUAUCACAACGAAAAUUUACAAGAAUUCGAAUUGCAAAAUAAUGAAAAUAUUCAUUCAGUUAUAAAUUCUGCAAACAACUCAGACUUUAACAUGGAUUGCCAUGUUAGACAAAUCCAUAAUGCCAAUAAAAACAAUAAUUCAAAUAAAGUCGAAUCUUACAAGUGUCAACAUGAAGACACAAAAAAUAUUUGUAAUAUAUCAAGUAUAAAAAAAAAUAAUUUUGAUUAUUUAAAUAUAGAAGAUCGUAAUUUUGGGUUUGAUAAUAAUAAAAAAAGUAUUCUCGAAUCUGAAAUUUCUCAAGAAAUUACGGCAGUUAAUAAUUCUAUUGAAGCUGACAGCAUUAGCCAAAUAAAACAUAAUGAUUUGAAUACUAAUGAACGGUUUCAUAUUCGAAAAAAUUUAAAUGUUGAUUUUGAAUCAAAUAUUUUUGAACUAAAUUCAAAAUCUACAAGUAAAGUUAUCCCAAUUGAAACUAAUAAAAAAGACGAAUCAGCUAGAAACAAAAAUAGUUUUAAAUCAAAAUUGAAUUCUAACAAUGCAGAAGAAAUUGAACAUAAUAUCAAUAGAAAAAUUAUUUUUGAAUUAGAUAAUAAUAAUAGCGGUAUACAUAAUUUAGAAAAAAUGAAUGCAUUUGAUUUUAAUACAAGAACUAUUCAAAAUUUGGGAAUAGAAUGUUCUUCUAUUAAUAUCGGAAAAUCGUCGAACUCAAAUGAAAUAUUUACGAAUGAAAGUCAAAUGGAAACUAACUGUGGAUUUGAAAUAAAUGACCAUAAAAACAAAGAAAAACUAGAAACAAAUUACAAAAACACUCUAGAUAUUCAAGAAGAGUUACAAAUUGAAGAAACAUCAGACUUAAAUUGUAAUAAUGAUGCACAACGUCAUAAUUUAAUUGAAACUGAAAAUAUUAAUCAUGAAAAUAAUGUGGACCGUGUUUUUGAAGUUGGUUGUAUUGUUAACAAUGUACAAGAUAAACUAAACCUUGAAAACCCAAAGACACUAACUGAUUUUGAUUUUCAAAAUAAAAACACUGAAAAUAAUAAUUUAAAUAAUUGCAAUACUGGCGAAAAUUCUAAUCGGAGUAAUAACUUAGAAGUUGAGAAUAUUUUUGUAAAUAUAUAUGAUAAUUUAUCGACUUUGCAUACUAAAAAAAAUGAUACUAAUAUUUUGGAAAAUUCCAGUCAAAACGAUAUUAAAUGUGAUGUUUCUAAAUGUCAGGAAAUUACUGAAGAUCUAAAUUUAAAAAAUAACAACUCGGACGUUAUUGACAAAAUUUGUGAACAAAAUAUGGAGGUGCUUCGUGAUGCAUCUGACAAACAAAUUAAAGAAACUGAUAAUGUUUUAGUACAAAAACUUGUAAAUAAUUCGACUGAUCGUAUGGCGACUGUUUCGGUUCAACACAAUGAAUCGAUUAAUUAUGAGAAAAGCAAACCAACGCUUAUAGAAUAUAGUACAGAUGACUCGAAUAUGAAUAAAAACCCUGCUAUGUCAGUAAAACAACACACUGAAGACAUUAAAGAAGGUGAUAUACAGUCAAAUAAUUGGCAACCUAUAAAAAAAAUGAAGUCAAACGCAGUUCAAGGUAAUGCUACAUUAAAUAUAUUUGAAAACUUGAGAUGUAAUAUAUUAAACGCUGUAAAAAAUACAGACAAAAAAGAGUACACCCAAAAUAAUUGUUCAGAAUCUAGUUCAUUCAAUCCCUUUGUAUUAAAUUCACAACAAAAUUCUAAUGAAAUUUACGAAGUUAAAGAUUCUAUCAAUUCUGGACCUUGUACAUUAAGUCAUGUUGAACUGAUCCACCAUCAAAAUUCUAAUGAGGUAAUCGAGAUUAAAGGUUUAAAUAGUUAUGGACCGAAUUUAUUAAAUCACGGUGAAUCAAUAUCACAACAACGCUCGGCAGAAACUGUUCAGCCUGUAGAUUUAACUAGUUCUAGACCAAACUUAUUUCAUUACGAUGAAUCAAUAACCAUGCAUCGUUCAGAGGAAACGGUCGAUGCCAUAGAUUUAACUUGUUCUGGAUUUAGUUCAUUAAAUCACGACGAACAACCGAUAGAAAUGUUAAUUGCUAAAAAUUCAAAUAAUCCUCAACUUAUUUCAGUAAACCAUGACGAAUCAACAUCCCAAAAGAAUUCAAAUAAUAUUUACGAGAUCGAAGAUUCAAUUACUCCUAGACUUAGUUCAUUAAGUCACACAGAAUUAAUAAACAAUCAAAAUUCAAAUGCUGUUGACGAAAUUGGCAGUUCAAUUAAAUGCGAAUCUUAUUUAUUAAACAAUGAAUUAACAUUCCAAAAAUAUUCCGAUGAAAUAGUUGAGAAUGACUCGGUUAGUUCAUUAAAACAUGACGAAUUAAAGUACCAUAAACAUUUAAAUGAAAUUAAUGAGGUUGAAGAUUCAAUUAGUUCUGGACCUAAUUUAAUAAACCAAGAUGAAUUAGAAUUUCAACAGAAUUCAAAUGAAAUUUACGAGUCUGAUGAUUUGAAUAGUUCUGGAACGUGUUCAAUAAAUCAAGAUGAAUUAGAAUUUAAACAGAAUUCAAAUGAAAUUUACGAGUCUGAUGAUUUGAAUAGUUCUGGACCGUGUUCAAUAAAUCAAGAUGAAUUAGAAUUUCAACAGAAUUCAAAUGAAAUUUACAAGUCUGAAGAUUUGACUAGUUCAGAAUCUUGUUCGAUAAACCAAGGUGAAUUAAAAUACCAUCAAAAUUUAAAUGAAAUAUAUGAGGUUGAAGAUUCAACUAGAUCUAGACCUAGUUCAAAAAACCAAGGUGAAUUAAAAUACCAUCAAAAUUUAAAUGAAAUAUAUGAGGUUGAAGAUUCAACUAGAUCUAGACCUAGUUCAAAAAAUCAAGUUGAAUUAGAAAUUCAACAGAAUUCAAAUGCAAUUUACAAGUCUGAAGAUUUGACUAGUUCAGAAUCUUGUUCAAUAAAUCUAGACGAAUUAGAAUUUCAAAAAAAUUCAAAUGAAACUGACGUGGCUGAUGAUUUACAUAUAUCUGGACCUAGUCCAUUAAAUCAAGACGGAUUAGAAUUACAGUCGAAUUCAAAUGAAACCGAUAAGGCUGAAGAUUUGACUACAUCUGAACAUAGUUCAUUAAAUCAAGACGAAUUGAUAUACCAUCAAAAUGCAAAUGAAAUAUAUGAGGUUGAAGAAUCAACUAGAUCAAGACCUAGUUCAACAAAUCAAGAUGAAUUAGACUUUCAACAAAAUUUAAAUCAAACUGACGUGGCUGAUAAUUUCCUUAUAUCGGGACCUAGUCCAAUAAAUAAAGACAAAUUAGAAUUUCAACAGAAUUCAAAUGCAAUUUAUGAGUCUGAAGAUUUGACUAGUUCUGGAUCUUGUUCAAUAAAUCGAAAUGAAUUAGAAUUUCAACAAAAUGCAAAUGAAAUUUACGAAGCUGGAGAUUUUACUAGAUCUAGACCUAUUUCAAUAAACCAAGGUGAAUUAAUAUAUCGUCAAAAUUUAAAUGAAAUAUAUGAAGUUGAAGAUUCAACUAGUUCUGGAUCUUGUUCAAUAAAUCAAGAGGAAUUAGACUUUCAACAAAAUUCAAAUGAAACUGACGUGGCUGAUGAUUUACAUAUAUCUGGACCUAGUUCAUUAAAUCAAGACAGAUUAGAAUUUAAACAGAAUUCAAAUGACAUUUAUGAGUGUAAAGAUUUGACUAGUUCUAUAAAUCAAGACGAAUUAGAAUUACAACCGAAUUCAAAUGAAACCGAUAAGGCUGAAGAUUUGACUACAUCUGAACAUAGUUCAUUAAAUCAAGACGAAUUAAAAUGUCAACAGAAUUCAAAUACAAUUAAUGAUUCUGAAGAUUUGACUACAUCUGAACCUAGCAUAGUAAAUCAAGAUGAAUUAGAAUUUCAACAUAAUUCAAAUGAAAUUUACGAGGCCGUAGAUUUGACUAUAUCAAGACCUAGUUUAUUAAACCCCGUCGAAUAUAAAAAUCAUAACAAUUUGAAUACAAUUAUUGAAGACGAAGAUUUAAUUGGUUCUGUUGGUAGUUUCUUAAAUCAUAAUGAAUUGAUAUGUCAAGAAAUGUUUGUAGAGCCAUCCAUUAUAAACAAUUCGGCGAUAUUUGAACACAAUCUUAAUGAAACAAAUCACGAUUCUUGUACCAAGGAAACUGAUUCCAAAAGUGUUGCGGAUGACAAACCAUUACCAAGAGUUAAAUUUAUAUUGAAAUGUCAUAGAAAAAAUAUGAUAAAAACAAAUAUAUUUGACGAAGAAUCGACUAUGCCUUACAAAAAACUGAAAGUUGUAAAAGAUGAAAAGAUUAUGACUCGACAUAUUUUCAAAAAAAGGAUUGGUUGCUAUAAACAGUAUAAACCGUGGCAAAGUGAAUAUAGAAAAGAAUCGAUCGUUGAAUCGAAUGAUAGAAAUCAAAUAGAGUCAAUCGAAACAACGGUUGUCCCACCGACUACUAGUCAUUCGGAUAAUAUUGUAGAACAGGUUCAAACGAUGUGCGAAGGAAAAAAAGACAACAAUAAAUUCGUCUCGUUACUGGGUCGGACGAACGACCAUGAUAAAAAACGAGAUGUUGAAGUUUUAAAUAUCUCUGUCGGGAUCGAAGGUGACCAUUGUGUCGAAGGUGACACGAUAGAUGAUGGUGACUACAACAGACUCCUCGAUACACCAAUUCCAUCACCGUUUUCCGAUUUUCAAUCGGAAGACCACACGCCCGAACAUUGUGGUGGCGAAGUGUAUUGGGACAAGUCGCUGGAGGACGAAUACAAAAGCGUUCUGCACAAAACUAUAUCAAAACUGGCAAAAGUUCGAACUAACGUCAGAGACAAGUUCAACAGCCGGUUACUCGCUCGUAGAGUGAAUGAAACUAAACGGAGGCGACGGCGACGGCUAUUGGUGGCUGACAAGGCAGCAGUAGUAAUCGUUGGCCGCGUCGACGAUCCUGUCAUUAAGCCGGUCGUCGCAGCCGUCAAAGUGUCCAAAAGCCCGAUGUACAAGAUCAAGGUGCAGUUACCCUGGGGACGGAUAUUCAACAUGAAUGCGGUCCGGAAUAAGACCAAGGACACAAAAAUCGAGCUGGGCCCAGCCAAAGUGGAAGUGAGACUAAGCCGAACACCGGGUGAAUGGCAGGUGGCGGCUUGCCGGUCGAUGACUUCUUCCAAAUCAGUGGUGGUCGUCAGACGGAUAGUACUACAGAGAGCGACCAGUCCCACCGCAAACGACUAUAACUUCGACGACCAUCACCACAACCAACGACACGACGACGGCGGUCAUGGUACAAGCGAUAACCGUUCGCACGAACUCUCCAGGAAAUUACCAAAAAUUGUUAUACGACGAAACGGUCAGGACAAUAACUAUACCAGUUACGUAAGAAGUAGUGGGUUCGAGAGUGGUGGUAAGGACGAAGAUGGUGGCGGCGACAACAAAAAGGACGGCUGUGGCGACGUUGAAGACAACGGUGGUGGCAGCGGCGUUCCUCAGCUGAUGGUCCGGUUGGUCAGAGACCGGAAGCUUGAUGCAAUGGCUGUCGAAGGGGUCACUACUCUACACUUGAAACAUCUUGUUCCUUUAUCCGAAUCUGAGGCGGAAGCAGCAAUGGAGUUGGACAUGCACUGUGCCAAAAGGGUUCGAUACUCGUAGAUUGCAGUCGACACCAUCAUAAAAAUUAUUACCACCUUCAGUAACCACCGCCAGCUGCCAGGUGAGUUCGAAUGUUUUAUAUCAUCAUAAUAAUAAAAUUUACCUGUGUUAUGUGCUACAUGGGUAUAUCUAUUGUAAUUUUUUUUUCGCAGGAUGAGUAAAAAACAUGCACUUUUUAUGUAAACUGGACAGUUUUGAAAUAUUAUGUUACCAAUAAUAAUUACAACCUUGAAACCUUUAUCAUGAUUUUUCUCUUCAGUUGUUGUUUUCAAUUUACGUUUUAUAUUUUUACGAUUUUGGUUUUCGAUAUGAUGUUUUUUGUUUUAUCAAUGCCUAAUCUAUAUUGUGUAUUAUAUUAGAAAAAUGGAUGAUCCUAUUGUAGUUAUUAUAUUAUACUUUUAUUUUUUGUUGAUUUUUAAGAUUUUAUUUGAAAUAGGUAUAAUGUUACGUUGGUGAUCAUAUAGUUAUAUUGUUAUUUUUGUGAGGUUGUAGUUUUGUUGUUUUAUUUUAAUUUUAAUUGUUGAUUUUUAAUAUUUUCGACUAUGGGAAAAAAAGAAUUGAAAAGAACCAAAGAUUAAAACAUUGUUAGUUUAAUUCGUAUUUUAAUAGAAACAGUUGACUGCAAAUUGUGUAUCCUUUAUUUUAAACUAGAAUCAUUUUAUAAUUUAUCUUGUUAACAAUUUGUAUUUUAACCACUGCGAUAGGGAUAAUUUGAGCCUCCUUACACUAAACAUCAGUAUAUCUUGUUUCUUAACAUAUUUUUGGCAUAGUAUAAAUAAUGAUGGUCCAACAGUAAUCAAAAUUACUAUUUAGCGUGCUAUAUGUAUAUUAUUAUUAAUAUUUUUAAUCAAUCCAUUUUGCUUGUGUAGUGUAAUAUAAAUUGUUCAAAUAAACAGCUUGUGCUUUUAUUAAAAUUGUAAUAACAUUUCCCAAUUCGUUUAGGUUUUUAUAUUAAAAAUAAUGAUCUUUUCACCAAGAACUGCUGGCCUUAAUCAGUUAUUACGGGUGAAACGUUUGCUAUUCAAUUAUUAUUAUAACAGAAAAAACCAUCAAGUCAAAUAUUGUUUUAUGCACAUGCAUAUAAUCCUUGUGUAUACCUUAUAACUUAUAAUUACUAAUUAGUACAAAUACAAUUAUUUGAAAAUAUAUAUUAAAAUUAAUUGUUUGUUUUAAAGCAAUACUUAAUGGUAAUUAAGAACGAUAAAAUUUGCAAAUUGUUUAAUUCGUUUCGUCCGUGGUUACUAAUAACAUUCGUUCGACCUUUAACAGUAAUUUAUACCCUAAAAUAUUUCUCAAUCACCGAUAUUACCCAAGUAUGUUUACUGGUAAUUAUUAUAUUGUGUUCCUAGUCAGUAUAUUUUAAUUGUUAUAGGUAUAUUUAUUAAAAAAAUAAAAAAAAAAUCAUUAACCAUUUUUAUUUAAUCUUUCAUCAGCUUCAAUUUAAUAUUCAAAGUUGAUUACCAUUUUAGCACUAUAUUAACCCAAAUCAUAACCAAAAAUAUUCCUGAAUGAUUUCAGUUUUAAUUUAACUGGCUGUGAUAUAAUGAGCUAAAUCCCAAAGGUAUUUUUGACGAAACGUAAUUUUAAUAGUUCUAAUUUAUUUAUAAAAUAAUUAAUCUCGAGCUUUAAAUUUUUGUAAAUGAUUAAUAUUCUAAACUAUUGCAACAUGAUUUUUGAUCAUAAUAAUUCUAAACAUUGUUUUCUGAGUAUUGUUAAUGUAAUAUGUUUGUUUUAUUUUAAAUAAUAAUUUAUAUGGUUGAUACGUAUUAUUUGCUAUUUAACUUAACGGUUUGGUUUAUUUUACAUAGUUAAAGGACACUAAGGGUUAAAUGUUAGUACACACAGUUAAUAUUUUUCAAUUCAAUUAAAUAUCUAUUCAAUGGUUUUUUUUAAAUGUAUAUUGAAUUUAUCAUUUUUGUAAUACAAAUUUAAUACCUAGUCAAGUACGUUUUGAAAAAUAGUCUGCAUAAAGUGAAGAGGAAAAAUAUUAAAUCUUAAAAAUAUAAAUUAUACUUGCUUUAUUCGAUAUUUUACGUGUGAGUGUGAUUGUUUUGUUAAAUUGAAUUUACAACUAGCAAAAAUAUCGUACAAUAUUUAUUUAUUCUAUUUUAAUUAAUUUCAAUUAUUCGGCACUGCAUAUUCGUGUGAUAUAAAAAUCUCUAACAAAUUGUUAGGUAAACAAUUUACUACAUUUGUACAUUUGGUGUAUUUGCCUCUAAAUAUUUGUAUUUUAAUAAACACGCCUUUAUCAGAAUUACUACCUAUAUAUUUUAUAUGUAUUUACACGUUGGUACAUAAAUUAUAUUAUAUUAUACUUACUUCUAAAUAAUAACGGACCAAAUAUAUUGUAUUCACUUAGAUUUUAAGGAACCAUAAUAUUGUUUAAAUUUUGAAUUGAUAACAAAUUAUCUCAAUCACAAUUUAUUGUUAAGUUGCGUACCUACUUAGUUUAAGAGUUUGAAUUAAAGUCGGCGAAAAAAAAUAACUUAUUCAACCGUAGGUGUUAAUUGAAGCAGGUCAACUAUUAUAUUGUUUUUAAGACUGAUCACAUUAAAAUUAUAUUAUAUUAUUAUAAACUCACCGAGAUCUCAGAAAUGAUAAAUUGUAUAAAAAUAUAAAAGUAAAAUAAAAUACAUAAUAUUAUAGUAUAUAAUAUAAAAUUAUAGGUAGGUAUAUGGAUAUUUUCAUAUUAAGUAUAACUAAACCAACUGUUUGAUGAAUGCGUACCGCGAAAACCGUUCUUUGCAACGACUACGCCCCCGGACAGACUUAUAGUUUAGGUAUAGCCGUAUAGGACAUCAUUAUUAUUUUUAAAUUAAUCGUGUUUUGUAAGCUUACAGACAAAUAAUUACUCCUCGUCUUGUUCAUCGAACUUUUGGUUGGCGCAAACGACCGCACCGCUGCAAUUAAUUAUUGGUACACUUCUAGUUCUAUACAAAGUCUAUUAAUCGAUAGACUCCACCGCUUGUGGAAAAAAAAAUACCUGGCUUUGGUAAAUAAUAUACGUGCACACUGCACCUCUAUAUGCACACACCAAUAUGACUAUAUCUCAUAAGUUAUAAUAUAAUACUUAAUAUUAUGUUACCUGUAUUACUAUUCGGGUCUGCAAACACGUAUUUUGAUCGCGUCGGUUAAUUAAAAAAGCGCGACCGUUGUAUUUAUAUUUAAAAUUCAGAACACGGAACGUCAUUAAGUUGUUAAUCAUUAUUCGUUGAUCGUUAUAUUAUAUGGGCAGUUCCGAUUUCAAACGUUUAAAAGAAUAUUAAUAGGUAUAUAAUUAUUGCUAGCGAUGUAGUAUUAUGCGAUUAUGAUUUCAACGCCGAUUAAUUUUCACCAUUUUGUACACCAUCAUAAUAUAGUAUAUAAUACCCACAUAUACCGCGUGAGAUAUCGAAUUUAAACGCACACAGAAACACGUGGUUUAGUUAUAUGCAUAUACAUAUUAUUACCUAUAUUAUAUCGUCGUAAUCGUAUUAUUAUAAUUAUUCGUAGGUACGGGCUUGGAUUUUAUAUUAUACAAACACCUCAUAUUAUAAUGUCAUUGUAUUUUUUUUUUUUGUUUUUUUUUUUUUAAAUAUAUUUAUAUUAAAUGCAUUAUUGUAUUGCUUAGUAUUUUACACGAAUAGAUUUUAUAUAUAUAUAAACAUUAUAUAUUAUAUGUAUAAGUAUUGUACUUUAAGGUAAAAGAAACAAAACUCGCAAAAAACAACCCACUAAAAUAUUAUAUUGUUUUUAUUUUAUUUUUAAAUUUUAAACUUUGAGUUGUUUUUAUAUAUUUAUUUUAUUAUGUAAUUGUAUAUCGAUUUUGGUGUUUUUUUAAAUCACAGACAAGUAGCUUACACUGUUAUUUAGUUUUGGUACCUACCUAUAUAUUAUUAUGUUUUUUUUUUUGUUGGUAUUUAUAUGAAUACACUAUUGUUUUGAUUUGCAAUGUGUUGUGAAAUA